UUGUUGUUGCUUCUGCCCACUAAUUAGCUUCCCACCGGUUGCAAUGAAAAUAAUUGCUUACCUGGUGCUCCUGGCCCUCGCCAUCGCCCAGUCCGACGCCUCCAGGUCCGCCACAUCCGACCAGGUGACCAUCAGCGAGUGCCCUGCCCGCAGUGUGCCCCAGAUUCGGGCGGAGGCGUCCGAAUUCGAGAUCUCGCUGCUUUUCUACUACGUGUCCUGGGCCAGCGAAGCUCGACAGGCACGUCUGGUGUACAAUGGACUAGCCCACUACUACCAGGAGUAUGCCUACUUCGGGGCCAUCGACUGCUGGCACUUGCAGUGCAACUGCAGCCGUACACUUAUGCCGGCUCCCGGCGUCGUUGGAGCAGGAGGUUAUCCGGACAAGUGGCCCACCCUGGUGGUACGUUACGGUCAGAGGCAGAUGCUGCAGUACCAGGGCGCGUGGAGCUUCGAGGAACUCGCUCGGUUCAUGAAUCAUCUGCUUCAGCCACUGGACCGGGCACACAGCAGUCAGGAACUGGCCGCCAUUCGAAAGCAUUCUGAUGCAGUUGUUCUUGGCCUCUUGGACUCGCCGGAUGACCGGGCCUACAAAAUGUACCUGGGCGCCGGGCUGCGCUGGCUGGAACUGGACCCCGAGAGGAAUAUCCGCUUUACGGUCAACUUUGGCAGCAGCGCCAAGAAGAUGCUCAAGUCUCCGGGGGCCAAGCUGCCCCAGUUUGUGGUCAUCGACAGCCGGAAUGGAGUGCAUACGUUUAAUAGCACUUCCGUGGACUGGAAGGCAAUGGACAUUCUGCGCUGGGUACGGAACACACUUAAAAACACAUCGCUGUUCUCCAAUGGCUAUGGUACUCCCAUGACCAUCGCCAUGAAGGCGCGUCAUGUUCCCGUGCUGGCCAUGGGUGUUCGAAUGAAUCAGUACCACCAUGCGAGUGUCAUGGGCGAGGAGAUGGCCAGCGCUCAAAAAAAGCAGUCUGAGGGUUGCGAAGAUUACUGGAACACAGUGAGGGAACAGCCUGAGGAGUCCUUCUCCCAUUUGCUAGUUCCCAAGGAGCUAUUUCGGGAAUCUGUUCAACCUCACACCUGCUAUCCCGCUUGGAAAAUAAACAGAGUCACGCUAAAGAACUACUAUCGCAUCAACAGGUACCUUGACCACUUAUGGAGACAGUACUCGCACCAGAAUGACCGAAGGAAGCGAAAGGUACCCCACUUGUUGAGGCUGCACUCUAGAAAUCUUUGCUUGGCUCACUCGCAGCAUGGAACGCCGGCCAUGAAGAUCGGCAUUGCAAAAAUGGUAACUAAAUACGGUCAGCUCAUUUGGCAGCACUCGGCAGAGAACGCCGCUCACAAUCGAUCGCUGGGCGUAGUGAUCUUCGAUUCUGUGAAGUACAGAGACUAUUUACAUCAGCUUGGCAUUCAGCAACAUCAUCAACAGGUCCAAGUUUUCAUCUUGGAUGCGGCUGAGGAGUCCUUGUAUGUGAUGCCACAACAAAAUACCUUCUCGUAUGUGGCACUUAAAGAUUUUAUACGGAGAUUUUACGCCAGAACUUUGCCAAGGAUUCACAAGAAUGCGCCUGCGACUAGAGAUUCUGCGUUCAGCAGGCAAUACAACAGGCAAAUGCUGCUUCAGGCGCUACUGCGACAGAAUGCCACCAAUGUGGUAUUUAUGCAUCGUCCGGACUGCGCUUUAUCAGGUGUCUUGUCGCAGGCGUUCCUGCAGGUUUCGGCGCUACUAAGCAGCUCCGAGGUGCACUUUGUGCGCUUCGACAGCCAAGCGAAUGAUCUGCCCUGGGAACUGGCCAUGCCGAUCUCCCCCUCACUGGUGGUCUUUCCCCGGGCAAAGCCCACCGAAUCCAUGGUGUUUCCCACCGAUGUGCGGAUCGAUGUCCAAAGCGUCUUUGCGUUUGUCAUAGCCCAACUGGAGCCGGAGCAGCAGGUGCGUUCGGUCCUGACCAGCUGCAGGCGGCGAAUGCGAAAUGUCAGGAGCUGCCUCGACUUUGCCCGCAACCUGGUACUCCAGCAUGUCAGCCAAUACCUCAAGUUUUGGGAGAUCUAUGAGCGGGAACGGGACGUCAUCCUGUCCCAUCUGAAGGAAUUCAACGACCUGCACAUGUCCAUCGAAAGCAGCAUUCGAUUAUAGCGAAAUGCCUCCGAACUAAAUCCUUAGUUAAUACUUACCGUUGAUAAUUCCAGGGUAAGCAGAUGCCUACCCGCUAUCCUGUAGCACGUAAGUCAAGUUGUCUCUUCAUAAGGUAUUUAACACUCAUAUUUGUAUCAAAUAGGAAAUAAACAAGAGGUAUAGCUGUCGA